AUGCGAGGUCAGGGGCCAUCAGAGGAGGACGAGGAAGUCGAAUUGACAGUGAGACGGCCGGGUGCAUUACGGCACAGAGGACAACCUGCAGAGCCUGAAACAACACUAUGGGAAGUCAUGUUGUGGUGGUUGCCAGACCUUGAUGAUGAAGAUGAGGAGGAGGAAGAGGAAGAGGAUGACGAUGAAGAUGGAGGAGUUAAAAGAGGAAAGUCAAAGAGAGGAGCAUCAGCACGAGCAUCCAAAGGUCUAAGAAACAAGCCACUACCAGACAAAAAGCUCAUGAAGCAAAGAGAGGGAAAAGUAAAGGACAAAAGAGCCAAAAAGGCCAAGGAUGAUGAAUACAAAGAGAAGAAAGAAAGAGAUAAAUCAGAGGAACUCGAUGAGGAAGCAGGUGAUGAAGAUGCCGAGGACAGAGAUGAGGAGGCAGUGCCCAAGAAAACAAAAAAAAUGGUGGAAAAGAAGAAGAAAACUCUGAAGGGAUAA